UAUACCUCCAAAUAUGACUCAAAUUCAUUCAAUAAAGUCACGGGUCCAUGUCCAUCUAAAUCAUUAUUAACAUAUGGGCUCAAAAUGAAUCUUAAUUUUUAUCAGUAGAUGUAAUUAAUACUCCCUAUAUAGUUAAUUCCAAUAAAUUAAGCAAUAUAAAGCCAUAAUCACUCAACAGAAAGCCCUUUUCUCCUAUAAAUCUAGUUGCCAGCCCCAAUUUUCCAUCAAAUUUUCUUGUAUUUAAAUUUCUCCGAAUCGGAACUCUAUCCAUGGCUUCAUUAGACGCCCAGCUGGCGCCGCUCCUCGGCGCCAACGCCACGAACGCCUCCGCUGCGGCGGACUACAUCUGCCGCCAGUUCUCCGCCGUGUCAGACAGAUUCACAGACACCUCCUACGCCGUGGACUCCACUUACCUCCUCUUCUCCGCGUACCUCGUCUUCUCAAUGCAGCUCGGCUUCGCCAUGCUCUGCGCCGGCUCCGUCCGCUCCAAGAACACCAUGAACAUCAUGCUCACCAACGUCCUCGACGCAGCCACCGGCGGCAUCUUCUACUACCUCUUCGGCUUUGCCUUCGCCUUCGGCUCCCCCUCCAACGGCUUCAUCGGCCGCCACUUCUUCAGCCUCAAAGAAAUCCCCUCCCCCCUCUUCGACUACAGCCACUUCCUCUACCAAUGGGCAUUCGCCAUCGCCGCCGCCGGCAUCACCAGCGGCUGAUAUUCACGGCGCUGUUCGCGACGGAAGAGUACGUGAACGAGGUGUACCCGGGGCGGGCGGGUUGGC